AAGCGAAAGCCGACAUUUGAGGCAACCUACAACGAGGAUAUUGAAAUUCUGGACAUACGCAUUCACGAUCCAGGACCCAAUAAAGGAGGUUUUGAUGGUUUCGAAGUCUUCAGAAAAAACAUAGGCGGUCUCAAUGCACACAACUCGUGGCAAUCUGUGGUCAACCUCACCGACGAAGUGAGAGAAUACGAAAUGGAGGGAAUUGAACCGUCAUCAAAAUACGCAGUCACGGUGCGUGGAUUCGUGCUGCCCGACAGUUUCAGCAUGAUGGCUGAUCCUCUCAUAUUUGAAACCAUGGAGGCAGGUCUGUUCCCCUUCACUUUACCACUUGCCUACUCAUAUGUGAUCAGCGCCACUCACGCACAUGUUAUCCACUUCACUUACCAGCAGUUGCGUAAUGCUAUACGAAAGCUGGCUGCACUACUCACACCCUUUGAUGUCUACACUCACCUCUCCUAUAUUUGUGCAGACGGUAGUGUUCCACGGAAUGUGCAACUUCAGGCAAUUGAUCCUUACACCUUGCGCAUGGCAUGGGAUCCACCAAAACAAUCCUACGGCGUCAUCACUGGCUACACCAUCGAAUGGAUUGUGGAUGCUGUGUUGCAAGAAUACAUAAACCUCACUUCCAUCAAUUUCUAUGACUUCACCAAUGUUAAGCCUGGACAAAGCAUUGCUGUCUCCGUGUGUGCGCACAACCAGCCAAACACUUUGGUACAAUUGGAUUACGUGGGAACUCGCAGUGAUCUCUUGAGAAUAACCAUGCCCACACUCAAAGGUUUGUUUUUUUUCCUCUGUCAGUCAAACCCGUGUCAUUAUCAUGAGACGACUAUUGUAGGUGGAAAAAUUGAGUCUUCAGCCUGGAACAAUUUGAAUGUAGUCGGACGUCUGCACUCCGAUUACGAGCCUAUUUGUCCAUUUUUGGAGAAAACAUUAAGUGCUCUUUUGCUCAUGUCACUUUGUCCGCUUUGUUGCAGGCAUGCGCAAACCGACCUUCGAGGCCAUUUAUUUUGA